UUAUGUCUGUCAUGUAGGGGUGAUGUUGUUCAAGUAGACACUUGGGCCAGUGCAUCUGGGAAGAAUGGGAUGCGAAGAGAUUGGCUUGUCAGCAAUAGCGAAACUGGUGAAAUUUUAACAGAAGCCACGAGUGUGUGGGUGAUGAUGAAUAAACUGACUAGAAGGUUAUCUAAAAUUCCAGAAGAGGUUCGUAGAGAAAUAGAACCUUUGUUUAUGAAUUCUGAUCCCGUUCUGGCUGAGGACAGCCAGAAACUAGUAAAACUAGAUGACAGAUCGGCUGAAUAUGUGUGCAAAGGUUUAACUCCUAAAUGGAGUGACUUGGAUGUCAACCAGCAUGUGAAUAAUGUGAAGUACAUUGGCUGGAUCCUUGAGAGUGCACCAUUGCCAAUCUUGGAGAGUCGCGAGCUUUGCGCCAUCACUCUCCAGUAUAGGAGGGAGUGUGGGAGGGACAGCGUGCUGCACUCGCUAACUGCUGUCCCUGAUUCCGAUGUGGAGAACACCAGAAAUUCUGGUGAAAUUAACUGCCAGCACUUGCUCCGAGAGGACGGGGCUGAGAUUGUGAGAGGGAGGACCCGAUGGAGGCCUAAGUAUGCCAAAAGUCUCGGUAAUGUGGAUCAAAUUUCUGCAGAAAGAGCAUAGAAAUCCAAGACUCUGAAUCAUGGCCGGAGAGUGAAGAGGCAGCAGUAAUCUAUGUAUGUUUUUGGGAUUUAUACAUA